GAAUCUAGCAAUUUUUCCAAACUAUUGAGAACCCAAUUAGAUGGCAAUUUACUUGCGCAUAAUGUUCCUAUUAUGAAUAAAGCAUUAUCGUUACAAAAAUAUAAAUCCACAAUAUUAAAAAACCAGUAACGCCAUCUACACGCCUCAACACGAAACACAAUUCGCGAACUCCCGCCUCCUAGAACAAUAAAGUCAUAAGCACCACUAUUGAUUACGCCUGCGCUGUACCAAAGCUCAUCUUAUUGAGCAUCUCACGAUAUUGUAAACAUGUUCCAUUAAAAAUACACAAAAUAACACUAAUAUCUAACAAAAUGAAGCUGGGAUUCGUGUUUAUAUUGCUCAGUUAUGCCAGAAACUGUUUUGGAGUAAAACUGCUAGAAGCAAACCCAGAUGUCAAACGCCUGUAUGACGAUCUACUGAGUAACUACAACCGUCUCAUAAGACCGGUGACCAAUGUGAGUGACAUACUGACUGUCAGGCUUGGGCUGAAACUGUCGCAGUUGAUGGAAGUCAACCUGAAGAAUCAGGUCAUGACUACUAAUCUUUGGGUGGAACAGAAAUGGUUCGACUACAAACUACAAUGGAACCCAGAUGACUAUGGCGGCGUUGAGAUGUUGUAUGUACCAUCUGAACAUAUCUGGCUACCUGACAUAGUGCUCUACAAUAACUGGGAUGGCAAUUAUGAAGUGACGUUAAUGACGAAAGCCACUCUAAAGUACACAGGCGAGGUAAACUGGAAGCCGCCAGCGAUCUAUAAGUCCUCAUGCGAGAUCAAUGUGGAAUACUUUCCUUUUGACGAACAGACUUGCUUCAUGAAGUUCGGCUCUUGGACUUAUAAUGGAGCUCAGGUUGAUUUAAAGCACAUGGAUCAGUCCCCCGGAAGCAGCUUGGUUCAUGUUGGAAUAGAUUUGAGCGAAUUUUAUCUGUCAGUGGAAUGGGAUAUACUGGAAGUACCAGCCACGAGGAACGAAGAAUACUAUCCAUGCUGCCCUGAACCGUUUUCAGAUAUAACAUUCAAGCUGACGAUGCGCCGAAAGACGUUGUUUUACACGGUGAACCUGAUCAUACCUUGUGUUGGACUAACGUUCCUAACAGUACUGGUGUUCUACCUACCUUCGGAUUCCGGUGAAAAGAUAUCGUUAAGCAUCUCGAUUUUGGUGUCGCUGACUGUAUUCUUCCUGUUGCUGGCUGAAAUAAUCCCGCCCACGUCGCUCGCUAUACCUUUAUUAGGGAAGUAUUUGCUGUUCACCAUGAUUCUGGUGUCUCUGAGUGUUUGGAUGACCGUUUGCGUUCUCAACGUUCAUUUUAGGUCCCCAUCAACGCACACCAUGUCACCAUGGAUGAAGAAGUUGUUCCUCCAGCUGAUGCCUAAACUCCUCAUGAUGAGGAGGACUAAGUACUCGCUGCCAGAUUACGAUGAUACCUUCGUUUCCAACGGCUACACUAAUGAACUUGAGAUGAGCCGAGACAGUUUGACUGAUGCGUUUGGGGACAAGGACAAUGGUGAUUAUCGCAAAUCGCCAGCUCCUGAGGAUGACAUGCUGUCUGCUGGUGGAGCUCACCAAAGACCUUCAGUAACCGAGUCUGAGAACAUGCUGCCUCGUCAUCUGUCUCCUGAGGUAGCUGCGGCGCUGAAGAGUGUGCGGUUCAUAGCGCAGCACAUCAAGGAUGCAGACAAAGAUAACGAGGUGGUUGAAGACUGGAAGUUCAUGUCCAUGGUAUUGGACCGUUUCUUCCUCUGGUUGUUCACCAUCGCCUGUUUCGUGGGCACCUUCGGCAUCAUCUUCCAGUCACCAUCACUCUACGAUACCAGGGUACCAGUAGACCAGCAGAUUUCUUCCAUUCCUAUGAAGAAGAACAACUUCUUCUACCCCAAGGAUAUUGAGACUAUUGGAAUUAUUAGUUAAAUUAUAUCGCCUAAGGAUAAUUAUUUAGCGACUUUAGUUAAAUUAUGUAAUGACUUUAGUUAAAUUAUGUAAUGACUUUAGUUAAAUUAUUUAAUGACUUUAGUUGAAUUAUUAAACAAAUGUAGUUAAAUUACUUAGUGAGUUAUUUAGAGAUCUAAUAUUCAAAAUGAAAACAGACCCUACCCUUACCGAAAUCAUAUUUGUAUGUAAUGUUUUAUUAGAUAGAUCCCUUAAAGUUUAUACUAAUAAAAGGAAUAACAUAAGCAAAUUAUUGAUAAUUCCGCAGGGUUUUAGGUUGUAUGUUUUGCUCUGCAUACAUAUAGCUGUAAGUAAAUUGCUAAGCCAUCUUCGAUGUCAUGAUGAUUGAAUGUAUUUGCUCACCUUUUGUGGCACAAUUUAAAGAUACAUGCUCAUAUCUCGAUGUUUACUUACCGACAACAUUCAUUUAUAUGAAUUUUUUUACAAACACCGGUUCUAAUUAUCAAUAUACAAUAAAUAAAAUUUAGCACUGUAAACUAAUAUUUUUAACUUUUUUAUUUACAAAAUAUAUCUAUUCUAGACGUAUUUCAGAUUUUGAUCUGUAUAAAAAUAGACUUUUAAAAAUGUUGUAUAUAAUUUCAACUGUCGUAGUCAGAAUUAUAAAAAUACUAAUAUAAUUAUAGAAUUAUACGUAGAUAAAUAAAUGUUUUAAUCAAUGAAUAAAUACAAUAAUUAAAAUGUGUACGUGAUCAAAAUAAUUUUUCGCAGUGGUAAUUUUAGUUUAAUUUAUUUCACAGCGAUAUUUAACUGUAACACUGUCAACACUAAAUUAAUUAUUGAAAAAAUAUAAUUCUGCUCAAAAAUAGAAAAUUAGAUAUCUCCUAAAAUGUACGUUUUAUGGAAGGAAAAUUAAAAUGUAUUGUAAAAAGUAUAACAUUUUAAAAUUAAGUGUCUAAUGUAAUUUUAAAUUUAAAUAAAUAUUUUAAUGUAACGGCUGUGAAUGAUAAGUUUUAAAUUUUAUAAACUGACAAGUUUAAUAAAUAUAGUUCAUGUGUAUAAUAAUGAAAUGUACUUUAAUGUUAUCGACACAAAGUUUAGAGCCUAAUAAAUACUAAUGAAGAUCU